AUGGCACCAGCUCAUCAUAAACGUCUCGUACUGCCGGAGGUAUUAGAAAAGAAGGCCAAACCCGCGAAAUGGGUUGAGAAACUCUUCUCGGGCGUUCAUGAUGCAGAUACCUCAACGCGCAGGAGCACGCGCAGCGGUACGCGUAAGAGCGCGCGAACCUCUCAAAGCGAAAGCACCGGCGACUCGCCUUUCUUCGCCCUGCCGCUAGACAUCAGAGAACGAAUUCUUCAUUACACUCUUGCGGGGACCAUAAUCCGCUUUCGCCACUACAACACCUCUGUCAUGGCUCAGUAUACCCAAAAUGGAGACGAGUCCGUCCGUUGGACGACUUUCGAUGAUUCCUUCCAUGCGGACGGUCUUCCCUCGGACUGGGCACAAUUCAAAGACGCCAAAUGGCACAGCGGCAAGGGUCUUCCGGGGUGGAUGAUGCUCAACAAACAAAUGCUCCAAGAGUGUGUCCACCAAUUCCACAGAGAAGCCAUCUUUUGGCAAAAUAACUUCUUCUUUACGCCAAUAUAUCCCUCUGCAAAGCCCCUAGGCCUGUUUCGUCUCGACAAAGCGAGAAUUGUACGGAUCAAUACUGGAAUCAAUUGCCAUCCGGAAGGGGUGGGAAAACCUCUGGAGGAGGAUAAGUACUCUGUCAUCUGCCUACACCCACAGCAAGAAGUAUGUACCAAGCAAUUUAUAUACCACCUGACGACCUUCCCGCCAGUACUGCAGAUACUCAGUCUGAGCGUGUACGAUUUCCAUGGAUGGCAACAAUGCGACUCCUCUAAGUACGCAUUUCGCUCGAAACUCACGGGAUUAUAUGAGAAAGUAGACCAAUCUGCCUGGAAAUUCCGCUCGGAUCUCACUUUCCUCGAACGACUACCAAAGAACUUGCAGAAGGUCACUUUUGAAGUGGUUACGAAGUGCAGGAAACCUCUAGUCUAUACCGAGAGCGAGUUGGAUAGCACCUUUCAGAGAUGUAUGCGGCUUCUCAAAGAUGAGCUGAGACGGAUUGGAGAGAUUCUUGUGGGUGGCGAUGGGGCAUUCGCUACGGAAGAGGUGGUAGACUUGGUACCCGCAACAGGUUCAUUGGCAGACAAUCAUCGGAAACUCGACACUAUUUGGGGUUUGACAAUAACGUCGCCUAUGUACAGACGGGCGCAGCUGAUGACAUGA